GUACGCACCGGAUGUUGUCAUGCCGUCUUUAGAGUGAGUUGGCACGCAUACCGGAAGCAGAUUAUUGUGAAGUAGAAUUUAGGGUGCAGCAGAAGUUUUGACAGAUUCCUGCAGGCCUUUCUGCGAAUAUUUCUCCGUUUACUUCAGAUUCUACUUGCAGGUUGCAGCCAUGAGUCUUCAGUGGACGGCCGUGGCUACAUUUCUGUAUGCCGAAGUGUUUGCAAUACUACUGCUUUGUGUCCCAUUUAUCUCCCCCAAACGAUGGAGCAGAUUUUUCAAAUCUCGCCUUGUCACUGUCAUUACGACGUAUGGCAACACUGCCUUCAUCGUGAUCAUAUGUAUCCUGGUCUUUCUGCUCAUAGAUGCAUUUAGAGAAGUGAGAAAGUACAGUGUGACAGAGAAAGUGGAUCUGAGCAACAACCCUGUGGCUGUCGAACACAUCCACAUGAAGCUGUUCAGAGCCCAGAGGAACGAGUACAUCGCUGGCUUCGCUUUGCUCUUGUGUUUGCUGUUGAGGCGUCUGGCCACACUGCUGUCCCAGCAGGCAACACUGAUGGCCUCUAAUGAAGCCUUUAAGAAGCAGGCAGAGGGAGCAAAUGAUGCUGCGAAGAAGUACAUGGAGGAAAAUGAGAAACUGCAGGAGAAACUGUGGCAAGCGGGCGUGGAAGUGCCUGAAGUGGGCGGGAAGGCCAAAAGCGGCGCAGAAGAGGAGAAGAGAGAUCUGAAGGAAGAGGUCAGACAACUGAAGGAUGAACUCGAAGCAACUAAGAAAGCUCUUCAGAAGUCUGACAGUGAUGUGAAGGCCAUGAAGAAGCAGGCAGAGAACCUCACAACAGAGUACGACCGUCUGCUGGAGGAACAUGCCAAAUUGCAGGCCAAAUGUGAUGCUCAGCAGGAUAAGAAAUCCGACUGAACGAAUACCACAGUGCACGCUCUCUUUCCUGCAUCCUCAUUGGCUGACAGCAGCUCCGCUGGGCCGUGCAUCACUCCUCUGGCGUCUGAGUGUAAGAACAGGGUUCCAUCACGUAUAAAUGUGUUUAAUACAUGAUUUAUUAAACACCUACAGGUUUUUGACACACUGUAAAAUGUUUUCUUUCUAUUUUUGUUGUGAUUUUCUGGUUUUUAAUGUUUAUUUCUAGAGUUUUGGUCAUAAAGACAGCAUAAAAUGUCCAGUUUGGAGUUAAUAAUUGAAUGUUCACUGACAUGUGUAUUACACUGAAUGUGAUCUUGACGUGUCAGUGUGUAAGCACAGUUAAUAAUUUGGCCUCAUUUAUGAAACAAAACUUGUAACUGUAAAUCAUUCAUAAAGCCAUUUUUUUUCUAAAUUGAAUGUGUGUUUAAUGUGACAGUUAAUGUGAGAACACUUUCUUUCUGCUUGUGUUUCAUGAACGAGGCCUGUUGUUUUAAAAGGACCAAGAAAAACUUAACCGCAUGACGAUAAGAGGUUUGAGUCAAAAUGUCAAGAAAUUCGUAAUUCAUUCAUAAUUGUUGUUUAAAACUAGUUGCUUUAUUUUUUUUGUCUUUACAAGAAACCUUUGCUCUUUCCUUACUGUGAAUUUGGAUAUUUAGUUGUAGUGCAAAUGCAUGCCUUGGUUAAUUUUAGACUGUUGAUUUACAGGGCUCCACAUUACACUAUACACCCAAUAAACAGCUGCUGUAAGCAAUAUUUUUAUUUUUUUUCAUGGAAAGGUAUGCCAAAAAUUUUACUACUACCUGAAAGAUAUUAAUGACAAUGAUGCUUUCUGCCUGUCAAUCAUUUUGCGUGUUCUCAUAAUAUUGUAGUUGCAGUGAAUUAUUGAGACAUAAUGCCAUUUUUAUGCCAUGCUGCUCAUAACAGUUGUCCGCUGAGGGCGCUAUUUUGCUGCUGCUGUUGUUUUUGACAACCGUUUCUGCUCGUGAUGGUCUUAAUAAAGCUCAUUUGGUAUCUUUGGAGUGCGGCAUUUUGGGAAGAGGGGGCAUGGCUUAUCCAAAGGCUUAGAAAAUUCUAGAAUGGCUAAAAUCGCUUACAGCACCUUUAAAGGUAUAGUUCCACCAAAAAUGAAAAUUGUUGUCGUAGGAGCCAAAUGUAAUGAUUCUUCAAACCACUAGAUGGCGGUGUGCACCACUGGUGUGGGUGUGGUCACCUGUUAAUAUCACAUGGUAUUUAAACUUCCCCUGGGUUGUAUCAGGAGGGACAGGUGGCGGGAACAUAUGGUUCUUACCAUAGAUCCACAUGCUUUAAAACUCUGUACGAUAUAUAUUUCAUUAAAUGGACAACGAAGCGUUUGAAAUGGAUAUUGUUGUGUGGACGUUGUUUAUUCAAAACUAUGAGUAAAGAACAUCUUACCACCUUGCCCUGGCUUAUAGGAAAAAGCCACUACAGUCGUCAUUUACAAAUGUCUGUUGUUGUCAAACCCAUAUCAUUUUAUGUCCUCAGUGGAACACAGAAGGAGAUGUUAAAUGCAAUGAAAGUGAAUGGUGUUCCAUAGAACGAGUUUUGAGGGUGAGUAGAUGAUAACAGAAUUUUUAUUUUUGGGUGGACUAUCCCUUUAAAACAGAAAAUCCCUCCAGUUUACCAUCAACCAGCUUUGCUUUUUAUUUUUGGCCAUUGCCCGUCUUGUCCUCGAUGCUAUUGGAAGAUAUCCUCGUGUUAUUUGUCCUGGGUGUGGGAUAGCUUCCGUAUUCCAGUCUAACAUUUUAUACUUCCCAUAAUACUUCCAUGGAAAAAGUGUUUGUGUUCCAUGGAAGAUUGAAAGUCAUAAAUGAGGACAGAAUUUCCUUUUUUGGGUGGACUAUCCACUUUAAACUCUUUUCACUUGCCAUUGCUGGUAAUAUUCACGAUUGUUUACGAUCUAAUAUUUUACACAUUGUUAAAUGCUCUUGGUUUCUUUGGUGAAUGUCACAUUAGUCUAGCAUAUGUAAAUGUAUAGCUUGGAAAUCUUACAGCACUGACACUUGAAAAGGUUGGAAUCAUCCAACAUAAUGACAUCACUGGCAAGUUUAAAUUGGGUAGUGUAGGAACGCCGUUUGUGCUUUUUGGGCUUGCAUGGGGAAAGGUCAUUGGCUCGGUGACAUGCUGUUAGAUAAUUCCGAUUCAAGACCUCCUGGGCUGUUAGCAAUCAUUACAAUGUGGGGAAUGCCGUCUGCUACCAUGACGAUGGUUUAUGGUUUUGUUCGCUCUACGAAUGGCUACAUUAGUGAAACGUUACCAGAGCAACAAAUGAGUCACAAAAUGUCAAUGUAUACAUUAAGAUGGAGGUAUCUGGACGAUAGAUGACAGCAAAUGCAACUCUCAUGUUAUGUCAUGUAAUUACCAAACAAAUAAAUAAAUAAACAUA